AUGGAUACCCGCAGACCCCUCCCGCCAGCGCUGCGUCCUCUCUUACCACAGCGCGCCGCAAGGGCCCCCACCAUCCCUACAUGCCUGUGGCGUUCAUCUCCCGUCUCCCUUCCCAACGACAGGAGCAUUAUGUUCAGGGAGCACGCGCGGGCCGUGUCCGUCAUCAGGGACUCGUGUCACUGUGCCCAGGUUUCCCCGAUCGAUGCACCCGCUCAAAGGGCGUGCUGCAAAACUGGUCUCCUGCCGUUGAGAUGGUACUGGUCCUCCCUGGCUCUUAAGCCAAACACAUGCCCCACCACCCGCGAUGCGGGCCUGUGGUGUAACUCGCAGAUCGCUGCCGCCCGCGGCCAGAGCGUGCACCUACACAAGAACGGGAUACUAUGGGGAAAAAACAUUCGCGUGGAGCUUCAGUGGAGGUUGGAGGUUCUGCAGUCUUCACCUGUCCCACUGAGAAUGCCAAAAAGGAAGAACCCACAACAUCUGGAUCUGGAUCAUGCUUCACAUGACCCUAGGCCAACAUGUUCUAGACAGAGACAAGACCAGGAACAUAUCCCAGAGAAAGUGACUGUGACGAAUGAGGACUACUCGUCAGAACAUAGUGGGGGAGAAGAGCCAAGGAAGGAACCAAAUCAAGGACAGGGAAGUGACAUUGAUGACGACGACAGCUCAAGAGACACAGGAUCGAGUGAGAGCAUUGCAAACAUUAAAGUCUAA